UUACAUUGAUACACACCAAUAUAGUUCCGGGCCCCACCCGGUUGGUAUCAAUGGGUGACACGGAGCCAACCCGUGAAUCCCAUCUAACCGCGGCUGCCAUCAUAGGAGGGACCGUCGUAGCAGCCAUGCUUCUCGCCCUCCUACUAAAUUUCGUCGUAGUGCGGUUCUAUCGCAGAAAACAGAAACUUGCUAUAACCCCUUUCAACCUCCCUUCAACUGCGGAACCAACACGGGUUGAACCACCACAGGUAUGGAUCGAGCUCCAGAGCACCAGCAACUUUGGCAUUGGCGUUUGUCUGGCUUCGAGCAGCAGACGCUCGUCCACCGUUCAACUUGAACAUCCCGAUCCAUGUCUCGUGCAGGAUGGAUCCCCGUGCGUCCCGUCCGGUGUCCGCGUCGAUCCCAUCCCAUCACCACUACUUCCGCUGCCUAAUGAUACUAAUGACAAUAAAAACGACGCAUCUACGUCCACCGCUGCAAGACGCCAACGAUCCCACGAGCUCUCAAAGCUAUAUCCAUCUCCAUCUCCAUCUCCAUCUCGGAUCCGAGCUCAGCAUCAUCGCCAUAUUGGACUCGGACUCAGUGUAGAUAGCUGGGUAGAGCUUGAAGUCAUGGGUGCAGGUGAUCAUCAUGAUGAUUGUUCCCGAGAACCGAGUGAAGAGCUACCGGCUUAUACUUAGUUGGUUGGAAUAUGUAAGGAGCAGAGAUCCAGACCACGAUGUCCAUUCCUAGUUCUGUUUCUUCUCUCUCAUAGACCCUUUCAUAGACACUCUCAUGGACGAUGCAUUGGUAAUCGUGAUCAGGAUCACGGACGAUGAUGGUAAUACACAGUGUUAAUCUGUAUCUUGUAUUUUGUAUCUUUCUCGAGGUCACGGUCGGACUAUGUACUAGCAGCACCCCUCCCCUUGUAGUUGUAGUAAAUUCAUAUGUCCGCUAACCCCU